CUUCAUUCCAUUUGUGUUUGUCUAUUCUAUGGUUGUGUUUUUUAUUCCGGUGAAAAAUUUAUAAAUUUUAGUGUUGUGUUGUAAACAAAUAAUAGCAAAUGUUUAAACAAGUUUUGUUUAAAUGAGUGCAACAACAAUUUUGUGAAAAGUGUCGCAUAAUGGAUAAUAAAAAGGAUAUUUACAAUCUAUGGGUGCAGUAUACGACUAAGAAUGAUGAAUCUUAUUUUCGUGAAUUUAUUGAACGUUUUGUGAGCAUUUGGAAGAGUCAAUUACCGGUGGAUUUUGACCGUGAUGAUCUGCCGCUGUGGCAUGAGGUGCGCCCGGAUAGUGGUCCACAUCUGGGACGUCUGCCGGAUGAGUUGCUGCCGGCAAUAGGAAAAUUUAUCAUAAUUGCUCGCGAUGCCAGUGAAAAUGGCACACUUGACGAUGAGCAGAUACGUCAGAUCGCUGUACUGGUUGAUUGUUUGGUGAUAGUUUGUCGACAUUUUGAUAAUAUUUUGGCAAUCAUUAAAUAUGAAUAUAAAUCGAAUUUAAUUGCUAUUUUGGCCAAUACAUUCAAAGAGUGCAUGACUCGACAGCAAGUAUCUAUGGAAGUAGUGCAUCUAUUUCGCAGUUUCUCGCAAUUUCUUGAAGUUAUGUAUGACCCUUAUUUAACUUGGCGUAGCUUUUUACGCGGCGCCUAUGCAGAUUUUCACAAAAUACCUUAUAAACCACAUACAGUGCAUGUGGAAAUUGUGCCGUUUAUCUAUGAUUGCUUCCAGAGGGAAGAGCUUACCAAAUUUCCUGCGAUUGGGGAAUGUCUGGUGAAUGCUUUAGGUGCUGUUAUAUGUGGAUCUCAGAAAUCGCUAACAUCUCUGACAACUAAAAGUACAGCAAAUUGUGGUGAAGGGCAAGAAAUCUGUGAUAAUUUGCGUAAUGGCAUGCGCGCUAUUUGUCCCGCAACCGUUUCAGUCAUUAUGAAGAUUAUUGCACAGUGGGAAAGCGCCAGUGAGCUGCGCGCCGUUGCGCUGAAGUGCUGUGCGCUUAUGAUUGUUGUAUUACAAAAGUCUAGUCCGGAAGAACGCCAAAUAGAUUUAGUUACGCUAAUUCAGCUUUACUGUGAUGCCCUGCAAACCCUUUUGACCACUGAUCACUUUCUCAGCGGCAAUAGCGUAGCGUUUGAAAUCGCUAGUGAUGAUGAAGCCAGCGAUGUGAUUGUCGAUGUGAAUGCGCUGGCGGCGACCGUCGAGAAUGUGUGCCUCUUUCUCGUGGAUGUGGUGAAGGCGCACGUUAUCUGUGAAGCUAUUAGCGAGACGGCGCUUGUAGAUACGCUUAUAAGCAUUCCAAAGCAAAUCAAAGGCUGGAAUAUGAACUAUGCGCCAGUGCUGUGCGCCACCACCAAAGCAUUAGCGGUAAUUACACGCAAUUCGCCCAGCAUUGCCGAACAUUUGCGUGUGUACGAUAAAAUAGAGAAAUUUUUCAAGAGCUUAAAAGCCUUAGCCGUACCUAACGAUACACUCUUGGACGCCUGCUUCAAUAUGGCCUAUAAUGAGCAGGACCAUCUGCUCGUACUGCCAGAAGUUGUCAUCAAACUGAUUGAGUGGCUGCCGGAGAUAAACGAACGUGAACAGAUUUACUUAAGCAAUAUAAUACUGCGCGGCUGCACCACCAAUUAUGCAACUAAAUCCGUUGCCUGCGACAAUCGCACAAUUAAAGCGGUUUGUGAGUGUUUGCAUCAAUAUGAGAAACUCGCCGAAAGUUGCAUACAAAAUUUCAUCAAACUCAUUGAAGAGCUAAGUAAAAUAAGCAUCAUACCGAUUGAGCUGAAGCGUGUAUUCAGUUUAUUACGUGAGGAGAGCGGUUUUCCACAAUCCAAACAACUUCUACAAACAUUGAUUGUGUGCUCACUGCAGAGUCUCAACAAUAGCAAUGUAUGCACGCAGUUUUUUACAAUCAGCGCGUCGCAUGAAGGCAUUGCGGUGCCUGAUAUAAAAAAUUGGUCCAUGUCGGGGUCAUAUGGUUUCAUUUUUCACAUACUCGUCAGGCUGCAAGAAAAUGUGGAUGUGAGCCGAAGGAAAGCUGGCAAAGGUGGCGAUGCUGAAGGCUCAAAGGAUACGGAUCGGCCGAAUUGUCGACGCAUGUUGCUCAAUUUGCGCACUGCGAGUCACACUGGCUUUGAAGUUUUCAUACAGAAUAGCGGCAAUUUGGUUGUGGCAGCAUUGACUCGUCGCGAAUAUCUCACAUCGGUGGUGCAUACGAAAACAUUGCUGGACGGACAAUGGCAUUAUGUUACCGUCGCUAUUACGCCACCCAAGCGUCCAUUUUCCUAUAGUCAAAUCAAUGUUUACAUCGACUUCAUGCAGAAAUUGAGUGCGACGCUCAAAGUGCAAGCAAUAAAUGAGCCCUUCAAUUUCUGCUCAAUCGGUUCGGCAGCGUUGCCUUUACGUGGCCAUCAAGUUGAACAACACGCAGCCAGUGCCACCGGUUCACCCUUACCGCGUUCAUCAUCCCAAGAAUCGGGCAGCUCUUAUAAGGGUGUGCUGCCCAGCCUGCUCGAGCGCACACUGUCAACCAACGUCUCAAAUUACUUUACGCUUCCGCUGCGCACACAAAGCUCAUUCGAUCCGAAUGUGAAAAAUUUCCCCAUCGGCAUGCAAGACACUGUGUUCGGCGAGCAAACUUGUCUGCGCGGUCAAGUGGGCGCUGUACUCUUGGCAGAGCCCACCACAAAUAUCAAAACCAUAUUCGAUGCGGGCAUACAUUUCCCUUCGAUAUUCUCGCAAGACAAUGAUUUGCUCGAGCUAACAUCGCGUUUUGUAUUCUGUUAUGCACCCGGUGGUUAUUGGAGCGAAAGCUGUCAAGAUCUCAUACCGGGCGGGCGUUUCCCAUCACAAGUCCAUGCCCAUCAUUGCGCCAUAGUAAAAAUACAAGAUACAAUAAAUAGUAUCGGUGGCGUACAGGCGAUAUUGCCGAUACUCCAUCGCCUCACCAAGCAGCAAGAUGACUUUUCGCUAUCCAGCGCCGAGGGCAAUGAUUCACUGGGCAGCGGCGAACAGUUACGUACACCAACCGCAGAGGAAUUCUCCGAUUGGGAAAUGCUCUCCUCCAAUUCAUACACAGAGUGGAAAAUGAUACAAUUCCCCGUCGCCAGUUUCAUUUGCUUCCUGCGCUACCUCACACACGGCCAUGAAAACAACCAGGAGAACAUGCUGAAUAGCGAGUGCCUGCAAAUGAUUGGCGCUAUGCUGCAAAAGUGCUCGCCCAGCAUAUUCGAUGUAAAUGCGCUGAUGGCCACACAUCUCUUCAUCGAAUCGCUGCAAGGUCAGAAGUCGGAAAGUGGCAAUGCGCAGUGCAACUCCGCGCUGCUGGACGUAUUAUACACCGAUAUCGCAUUCAAUUUUCACAUUUGGGCGCGCAUGAACUUCCAAAUCACGCUCGGUCAUGUGCAGUACCUCAGCGCUAUGAUUAAGAACGACCGCAAGUACUAUCGCAAGAAGUUCGGCAUACAAUUCUUUUUGGAUGUUGUGCGCGAUCACUAUAGUGCGCCGGACAGCAUUACGCCUGAGGAUGCGAAGACGUUACGCGCCACGCUUUACGCCAUUGUGCGGUUUUACCUGCAGAAGGACGUGAAUAUCAAAGAGAUUUUCACUAUGAUGGCGUUCUUGGCGUCGGUGCGGCAGGAAAAUGUGCUCAUCGAAUUUUUGGAGAUGUUGACAUUCCAUAUGAAGGGCAAAAACUGCAAAGAUCAAAUGAUUCUGCUAUUGCACGAACCUCAAACAGCUAAUUUGCUGUACAAUUAUUUUGUGGAUAAGAGUUAUAGCACCGAAGUGCAAGAGGCCGCUAUAAGGUUCAUUAAUUGCUUGCUGAGCACUUCGCGCGUAAAUCAGAAGUAUAAACAAAUACUACGACUGCACGACAACGCCAGCGAUAGCUCUCUCUUUCCCGGCUUCUUCUCCUACACCAUACCAAUGACACUCAGUUCCACCAUACUCUUUCACUUGGUUGACGAAAUGUUGAGCUCAGAAGCCGAUUACGCUGGCAUUAUUUUCCUUGUACAUCACAUCAGCACCUGUGAGUUGCCCAUUAAGCUGGAGAUCGCCAAGCGUCUGUUGCAAACCACAUUUGUCAAGCACAACUCACCGCAGGCCAUAGCCAAGCAAUCGGGUUGGCAGGAAUCCAUUGCGCGUCUGUUAAUACAUAAACCAAUUACGAAUGUCAAACCCGAUGAGGAGAAGCGUAAAAGCUUUGGCAUUAGUUUGGAUGUGCUUUUGGAAGAUAAUAAUGACUUUGCCAAUCAAUCGGACUUGAUUAGUUUCUGUGAACAGCAAGUGGAAUUGGAUCAAUUGGCGAAGGAGCACGAUGAUGAGCACAGUGAUGGUGGUCUCAUAUUGAAUGAGAUACAAGCGAGUGUUUCGGAGGCUGCCAACGUUAUUGAGAGUGAAAUUAAAGAACUGGCCGAAUCUGUUUCUGGUGCUGUCGUCGAAAAUGUUUCAUCUGUUUUCUCAGUUAUACGCCAAACUACACACGAUAUUCAAGACACCUUCGAGUCAUUGACUCUGGGUGGCUCCACUGAGGCCGAGACAACGAGCCUCUCGCGUCAACGCACGGAAUCCAUAAGCUCAGAUAGCUCAACGACGCAAUCACCAAAGCGAGUUGUCAAAAAAGCCGACUCGGAGAGCAAAACCGCGGGCUUUGAAUUUUCACCCGAUGCCGAUGUAGACAGCGAGGAGCAGCUUGUGUACCUAGUGUCAAACAUAUUAUUCACCGUUUUCUGGCGUGGCGUCAGCAAUGAUCAUCCACAAUGUUGGAAGGAACGUGGCCAAGUGCUCGGCUGCAUAAAUUUGCUGGCGCUCAACAAUGAUUUGGUUACGUCGCAUCUCUCUCUGCGCCUGCGCAUACUGGAAAUGGCUGUGCAAGCGUCGCUUUUCGAUCUGUCCGAAAAUGGCAAUCAGACGCUAAUCAACCAAGAGAACGCCUCACAAAUUCUACGCAUGGUUUAUGACCUUGUCGUGCUCGGCUCGAACGAGGAUGAAUCGAAGAAAUGUUCAACAAAGCUGCUGGACGGUGUUUUAGCACUAUUGGACGCUUUGAUGAUAUUCCAACAGGGCUCUAACGACGAUUGGUCGGAUAUGAUACGUUUGUGCCUGGGUUUGUUGUUAAAAUGUUCAUAUCACCCCAAUCCCGGUGUGGUGGCUAUGGCCACAGCGAAGUUGCAUGCCAUACUGCAGAGUCGCAACACAGAAGAUCCCAGUGAAUUGGCGUACUUAUUGUUCAGCAUUAAUCGCGCUUUGGACAAUGCUAUUGAAGUUGGCAAUCCCGAAGAAUAUUCGUUUUUGAUGCCAGUUAUGAAAGCUUUACUUGAAAAAUGCCGUAAGGUUUUCAAUUUGGAUACAAACUUACCUGAUUUACCGCCUACCUCAUCGGGCCCUGUGUUCUUCAACGAUUUCCAAAUGUAUAGCACAAGCAAAAAGUGGCGCAAUUUUAUCGAACGCAUCGUCAAACCAUUGCAUGAUGUGUAUCAACGUGAAAUCGAAUUGAACCUUUGGGAGCCAAUCAAUCGUUAUUGGGCUGAAUGUUACGAGGCCUGUAAAGCAGCCUCGAAGAAACGCGGUACUUAUCAAGCAGAAAACCGACGAAUUUUUAAUCAAAAAAUCGUAAUGCCAUGGAAGGUACGACAAGUCGAGGAGAUGACACGUCUGAAUGCCGCUACGCUUGCGCAAAAGACCACAACUAGUCACAUCAAGAAGCGCUGGAAGAUGGCCAAACGUUUUUUGUAUGGACCGCGUGGUCCAUGGUUUACGGGUAAUUCGCCGGAAGAGUUUUGGAUGCUCUCCAAUCAUGAGAAUGUCGCGCGCAUGCGUCUCAAACUCGAGCCGCAAUUGUAUCCGAACAAGCACGAGAACGCGGCGAAUUUACGUGAUAAUGCCACAAAUGCCUAUGAUCCAAGAGAAAUCUCGGAAUUCGACUCGACAAUUAAGAGUGCCGUUGUACGUGACUUUUUAGCAGACGAUGAGAAUCUACAGCUCGAAGAGGAGCUGCGUCAAUCGAUUGAAGCGCAAUCGCAGCAAGAUGUGCCACUGGAAAAAUCAGUCAUUUCACAAGACUGCGAACUGAUUACGCUGAUGACGAAGGUGAAGGGUAAAAUCGAGGUGAAUCAAACGCUAUUCACCUUCAUCGAUUUGAGUCCGCCUUCGGAAGAUGGCUCCAAACACGAUUUUCGCUUUCCAAUCAGCAAAAUACGUGAGGUACAUUUGCGCAAAUUCAAUUUGCGGCGCAGCGCUUUGGAAAUAUUUUUAAUCGAUCAGACUAGUUAUUUUCUCAAUUUUACAACAAAGACACGCAACAAGGUUUUUACGAAAAUAUUGAGCCUCCAACCGCCAAACAUUUUAUAUGGCUCCGGUCGCUCUCCCGGAGAAUUAUUGCGCGCUUCGGGACUUACACAGAAGUGGGUAAAUCGUGAGAUUUCCAAUUUCGAAUAUCUUAUGUACUUGAAUACAAUCGCUGGCCGCUCUUACAAUGACCUCAGUCAGUACCCAGUAUUUCCUUGGAUAUUAUCCGACUAUACCAGCGAUGUUUUAGACUUAACCGAUCCAAAAUCUUUUCGCGAUCUCUCCAAGCCUGUUGGUGUGAUCAAUCCUAAAAAUGAGGCUGGUGUGCGCAUCAAAUACGAGUCCUUUGAAGACCCCUCGGGUGCGAUACCGAAAUUCCAUUACGGCACACAUUACUCUAACUCUGGCGGUGUUUUGCAUUAUUUGCUGCGCGUGGAACCAUUUACGUCGCUACACAUUGAGUUGCAAAGUGGACGCUUCGAUGUGGCCGAUCGACAAUUCCACUCGAUACCACAAACGUGGAAAUUGUUAAUGGACAAUCCGAACGAUGUGAAGGAGCUGAUACCAGAAUUCUUUUAUUUUCCCGAAUUUCUGAAAAAUAAGAACAAAUUUGAUUUGGGUCACUUGCAAAUAACAAAAGAAAAAGUGGAUGACGUCAUACUGCCAACAUGGGCCAACACACCGGAGGAGUUUAUAGCUAUACACCGACGUGCUUUAGAAUCGGAAUAUGUCAGUCAAAACCUGCAUCAUUGGAUCGAUUUGAUUUUCGGCUACAAACAGAAAGGCCCCAAAGCUGUCGAAGCGCUCAACGUUUUUUACUAUUGUUCAUACGAAGGUGCCGUCGAUUUGGAUAAAAUCACCAAUCCCGUUGAACGUGAAGCUGUUGAAGGUAUGAUCAACAACUUCGGUCAAGUGCCAUCACAAUUAUUGCGUGAACCGCAUCCGCGUCGUUUGACACAAGAGGAGACGGCACUCAAACUGGUGCGCGCCGAAUUGAAACGACCGGAUCUUACGCAAUUCCUCGAUAAGGUUGUGCAAUAUUAUUGCGAGCUGUCAACGCCAAAAGAUCCAAUUGUCUUCCUGAGCGCACCGCGCAGUCCGCCGCGCUCAUUUCUACAACUCAGUCCGGAUGUGCUUGUCAGCAUAUCGAAAUCAUGUAUACUUGGUGCUAACUCAUGGAUGUCCUAUGAUAAGGAUCGAGGAUUUCUGCUGGAAAUCGACGCAACAACUACCAAUUUGAAAAACCGCAAACGCAUCUUUGGCCCCUUCCAUCCCUCACAACAUCCACACUCACAACUGUUCGCAGUGAGCACAGAUGGCAAGCUAUUGUAUGCCGGCGGCAUCUGGGAUAACUCGCUGCGUGUCUAUAAUUUACAUAAGGGAAAAGCAGUUGCCUCUGUGACGCGGCACUUAGACAUCAUCACAUGCCUGGCGUUGGACAACUGCGGCUCUUACUUAGUGACCGGUUCGCGUGAUUGUACCUGCAUCGUUUGGAGCAUACAGUCGCAACAGUACGGCAAUGUGCCGGCCAGCACAAACAUUCCAAUGCAUGCGCUUACUGGGCAAGCACAUUUGCAGGCGAUAACGCAGCUGAAUACGCAAAAUGCAUUCUCGCCCAAACCAUUGACCACACUCUACGGUCACGAUGAUGCCAUUUCGAGUGUCGCCAUUUAUACUGAAUUGGAUAUGGUCGUUUCGGGUUCGCUGGACGGCACUGUGAACGUGUAUACCAUACAGGAUGGCCAAUUUGUGCGCACACUGAAGCCUAUCGGCUGCACUGAGACCUGCGUACAAAUAUCAUUCGUUACUGUUUCAUAUCAUGGUCACAUUGCAUUCAGCGCGCUGGACGAUACCUCACAUUCGGUGCAUGUCUACAGUAUAAACGGCACUAGUCUCGGUUCCAAGUAUGUAUCCGGACGUGUAACUGGAUUGGAUACGGCUACCGAUUACUUGGUGGUGGCGGACGAUGCCGGUGAUAUCACCAUGAGUCGUUUGCAUGGCUUGAAACCUGUGUUUGACAUUCCACUUCAUAUUCCAAUACAAACAGUUGUGGUGACACCUGGGAACACACACAUACUUGCACCGCUGCGCGAUGGCCGGUUAGCGGUGAUUGCCGUACAGGUGCCGGCCGGCAACAACAAAAAGCAUUCCGUACUCAACGUUUAAUAAAAGUCAAACAGCUUAAGAACCGAAACGAAAAUUAACUGUAUGUGGCAAAUAAAUGAAGUGAGCAAACGAAUUUUGUAAUGGGUAUGUAGUAGUAGUGUAUGCUUGUAAUUAGAAUAGCUACAAUUUAGGCGCUGGAGCAGCAACAACACCGGUAGAAAUGUUAAAAGUAGCAAAAGAACAACAAAAAAUAAAGUAAAGACGUUGUCACGCAUAUAUAUUAACACUCAUUAGUAUAUACAUAUAUACGUUUGUAUGUAGGUGAGUACGGUAAGCGUCCGCGCAAUUUGUUGCUUUAAGCUGAACAGUGUUUUUGAGUGGUUUUCUCUUGAAAACUAAAUUUAUAUUACAUAGAAAGAAGUAAGAAACACUUGUUGUAACAAUUAUAUGCUCUUAAGCUGCUAAUUAAAAGGAUAAAAUACGAAAGCUCCACUUCAUUGAUAAUAAAUUGCUGAUUACUAUAUUGGCUACAACAGCAGGAAAUCGACAAAAAUAGAAUUCAAAGCAAAACAAUAAUAAAAAAUAGUGCAAAUAAGUGUAUUAAAACUCACAGUGGCAAAAUGAGUGAUUUAGAGCAGGCGAAACAUAAAAUUUUCACACACACACAGUUUGGGCGCCUAAACGUAGGCUAUAGUUAUUGAGAGCAUAUAAUAGGCGAGACAUAUGCAUUAAUUGGUAACUGUACUCGUCGCCAGCGAUAGCAGCAAUCUGUUUAAGCAACAGCAAAGUUUACAAGUUUGUGUCGCUGCUUAUUUACUUGUAUGUUUGUAUGUAUUGUUAUGUAAUUGUAUUUAUUACUUAGUGCUUUCGAGUGAAUUAAAUGUCGCUAACGCUUUAUAUAUUUUAAUCUAAUUACUUACUACUAAUUCAUUAUUUUUGUCUGUAUGUAAUCUAGUUGUAAUUACAGUUUGUGCAUUAGCAUUAAGUGCUGGUCAAUUAAGCAGCUGUCUUAUUUCUCGCUCGCUUUUUAAACUGAAAAGCCUGAAUUACAUUUUAUUGAAAAAUUAAUAAGUUUAAUAAAAAAUUAUAAAAAAAAAUUAAUUACCAUAUUGCUUUAUAAUAUUUCUGUGUAUGCAGAACACUCAACUUUUAAAAAAUCUCCUUAAAAUUAUUUCUUAUGUUUUUUUUUUACUUUUAAGCAAAAAUAACGGAAUAUAAAGGUAAACGGUGCUAGAGAGGGAAAUUAAUUAUUUAACACAGUAUUAGCAUUAUUUAUUACGAAAAUUCAAAAGCGACGGUAUUGAAUGUUCAAAGAACGCUGGCAGCUUUUGAUAGUCUUCGUUUGUCAACCAAAAUAAGAAAUUUAUCGUUGUUCUUAAACUUUUUUCGAAGUUUUUUUUAGGCCAAACCACUAAUUUUGCGACAAGUUUUUUCUCGUUUUUGUACAAUUUUUACAGAACUUUAUAUCUCCUUAUAUAUUGUUUUAAUUGCCUGCUCGAAAACAUUUUUUUGAAAAAUUUAAAAUUCGAAAAAAAAAUUUAAAAUCGACUUUUUUCUGUACUUUAGAUCAAACCAAUAUUUUCGAGAGAUUUCACGUUUUACGAACACAUCUUUGAAAAUCGAAAUAUUUUUUGAAAAAAAUAAAAUAAAAUCGACUUUUUUCUGGACUUUAGAUCAAACCAAUAUUUUCAAGAGAUUGGACUUAAGAAAAAAAGUAAUUUCCCGUUUUUCGAAGACAUCUUUCGAAAUUAAAUAUUUACCUUUGAAUUUCGAACUAUGCUUAUUGAAAACAUUAUAUGCUCCGAUUGCAAUUUCCUAAAUUAUUUGGCGAUAAAGUUUAUUUGAUCUUCAUUUCGAAAACGGAUGUUCGAAAAAUAAAUAAAAAACUAACCUAAUUUUUAAAAAUUCGUUCGUUUAAUUUUCGUUUUUCGAAGCUAUCUUUCGAAAUCGAAAUAUUUACCUUCGAAUUUCGAACUAAAACUUUUGAAGUCAUUAAUAUGUAUUGUAUAUCCUGCUCCUAUUUCAAUAUCCUAAAUUCUUUUUCGAUCAAUUCAAAGUCGGGUCAAAGCCGGAUGUUCGAAAAAAUUAAGAAAGUAACCCAAUUUUAAAAAUUAAUAUCGUUAUAUAAGCAUAUUUCACCUCUCAAAAAGCCAAGGACGAGUUCAAUAGUAAUAUGAGCACUAAAAACUUUCUAAAAGACUCCUAUUUUUGCUACUUGAUUCCAGAAAAACUGAUUUCUUCGGCAAACAUGUUGCAUAUAAAAUGCUAAAUUAAAGGUUUAUAUCAUUAUUGAACUAUUUUUACUUUAAAACAAAAAAAUAUUUUUAUAAAAACAACGACUUUUUUUUCAGUAUUCUUCUAAGUAUUAAAAUUAUGCUUUUCUGCGUCGAUAGAGAUAAAAUUGUUUAAAAAUAUAUUUUUAAAUUUUUUUGUCCAACAAAAUGUUGAUUACUUCCGUCUCCGUUCGCUACAUUGAUAAAUUUCAUUAGAUUUUAUCCAAAAAUAUUUCUCUCUCACUCAAUUCUCUAAUUUACUCAAAAUGCCAAAAAUUUCAAUAUUUCAAUUGCCUUUUCUAUAUUUAGUCAGCAAUUUUGGUACUCACUGUAUUAUUUACUACAUGAAUGCACCCCACUACUAUAAACUUACCACAUUUUGCUCGAAACACCAGCGCUCACUACUGAAACCGUCUACUGAAACCGCCUAUUGCCAUGCUGAGUACCAGCAAUCAUCGAUGAAUGAAGCAUGAAAUGUGGGCAAAAAAAGUUGCGCAUAGCAACAGCAAAGCAUGCACACGUACAUAACAUAUCUACAUAUGUAUACUUCGGUAGCAUGAUGAUCAAUGGCGACAACAUGUGGACAAUGCUGUGUCUAUGCGUGUCGGUAUAUGCGCAGGUGGCGUGGUCUCCGCACAGACAUUGCAGGCCGUCUGACGCACUCAAUAUCAUUCAGAUAAAACUUUAAUUUCACAAUAUUGAAUUUGUCAAUGAAUACAUAUAUGUAUAUGUAUACUAAUAAAGAGAAGAAAUAAAUUAACAUAAAAGUGUGCCAACAACUCAACCACGUAUGAGUAGAGCAUUGAGGUGACAAUAAGUUCAGCAUACAAGCGUGCAGGCGUGUUAUACAGAUGUACAUAGAUAUAUUCUAUCGAUAGUCUUGUUGCACUUGGCAGAUGUAGGUGCUUUUUAUGCACACUUCAUAAUUUCAGUGGCAAUCAAUAGUAUUUGCCGGGUCUCUUAACUGUACGAGAUUAUAUCGAGGAAAAGGUUGUGAUAUUUGGAGUUUUUUGCCUUGCAUACUUCAUACUCGUACAUAAUAGUUAUAAUAUGGUCAGAGGAUACUUGGUCAAAGACCGGAAGUCGUGAGCUGCUUGAGUCAUAUGUAAAAGAAUCGUUUCUGGCCACUCCCAAGUGAAUGGCGAUCAGAGAACUUUCCUCACUUGCGUGAACUUCUACACAUUGACAUGCUGAUCAAACUAUUAAUUUUUCUUUAUAUAUUUUAUCAAUUCUGAACACCAAACUUUGUGCUUCGCUUUGCUUCAAAAUAUGCUUUGGUAGAUAAGUUGGAUGCAUGGUUUUGUUUGAGUUCCUUCACAUCGAAGCGGUGUAAAGCAAAGCAGAACAAAAUGUUGGGCAACUCUCACCUUUCUAUGCUUUGACAAGCAGCAGUUGCCAUUUUUAAUGAAGAGAAGCACGGAAAGCAAAGCCGUUUGAAAUGUCAAGCAAAGUGAGAAUAGUUUUAUCAAGAAUAAGCAUUCUAUUUUCCGUAAGGUGUAUUACCAAUAUUUAUAACUUUCCUCAACUGUUAAAAUAAUUUGUCCGUAAAUAACAUUAAUGUAAUUGAAAUAAAUAGAUUUCUCUAAAAACGUACCAUGGCUUCAAAAACCGUACUUUUCUCGGUUACCCCACUCUUCUUUUUACCUCUAAAACCAUAAAUUCAUUCCUCUUUUAUCCAUUCCAAUAAAAGUAUUCGAACUGUCACUAUUAUGAGGUUUUCAAAUCCAUUUUAAGUUAGUUUGUCAUCACCCAUAAAAUUAUUCACAAGUAAUUGACUGAGUGGUUAGGAUAUAGCACUUUAGUUUCGCUCUUUGAAGCAAUGUCAUAUACUUAUCCCAAAUUCUGAUUAUAAUCAUAUUUGACCAGUUCUCACCGUUUCUAAAACUUCGAUGAGAGAUUCUUCUAAUUACGAAUAAAAAUUUACUUAGAACAUAUAAUUCGUUUUAUACAUCAACUUUACUCAACUGUUAAACAUGAUUUACCACCUGAAUCAAAUAGUCAAUUGGAAAUCAAUUGCCUCAGCUAAUUGAGCUGUUUGAACAUUAUAUAAAGAAUAAUAAUCAAAGCUUACUAGAAAAUAUCAAAAAUUGGGGUUUAAGGGGUUACAUGGGUUUCCUCAGGUAAAAUACAGCCUUUCUAAACACUUUUUCUCAUAUCAAAAUUAAAUAUUUUAUUAGAAUUUUUUAUUGUUACAAACUUAAACUUUUAACAAAAAUUUCUGAAAUUUUUGGAAUAAAAUAUUUUAAACUCAGCCAUUGCGACGCCAUUUCCACUAACCACCCGGAAAAAGAUGCGCCCGCGUUGACAGGAUAACUUUUUACAGUAUCACCUAAAGUGAAAAAAAUACGUGUUUUAGUUAAAACCUUAACUUACAACUUGAAUGAAGGAAAAUAAUUUAAAAUUGGAUUUUUGGCAGACAUUUUUACAAAAAAAAAUUUUUUAAGUAUUUCAGUAAAAAAUUCACGAUACUUAUAUAUAUUUUUUUUUUCAAAUAGUUCUAAUCGAAAAACAAUCCUUCGUCCAAGUAUUUAAGAAUUGUACCUUAAAGACCAGUGUAAAAUUUCAAGAAUAUUACUUGAGUAAUUCUCGAGAAAUCUUGACAACCGACCUCAAAAACAAAGUUUCGAGAAAAACGAGUUUAAAAAUGGCGCACUUAGUCUAGCUAGCUUCGAGCGCACAAGUUCUUAAGGCUGUAUCUCCGGAACUAUUGCUUGUAUCAACUUGAAAAUUUAGGACAAUAUUCUAGAUGUGUUGUAAAAUUUAAUAAGACAUUAAAAAAAUUUGAUUUUUUUGAAACCCGUAAACACAUGUAACCCCGUAAGGGUAAGAACUUAUAAAGAGUUUUUUGUUCAGCAAUUUUCUUACUGUUUGUUAUAAAAAUCCCCGUAAUCAUUGUUCUGUGGCUAUUAAAAUGGCUUCACAGAACUUAAAUGCCUGAUAAGAGUGCCAAAAUAGAAAAGGUUUUAGCAGUCAGUUGGAUUUGUUCGACUUAGCAAUUAAUUUUGCAAUAAUCUAACAGUAUAUGAAUGUAAAUGUAAUGUUAUUCAUGUGAAUAUUUCCUUAUUCCUUUAAUCUAAACUUCUUGCUAGUUUAUCUGUUGUCUCAAAAAGAGGCUUAUAAAGCAAUUCAAUUCGCGCACUUCACAUAUCUAUUUAUAAAUGAGUGAAAUAUUAUUACUGAGUGUACGUAAGUAUGUGUAAUUAUUACCCUCGAACACUUGCUUUGAGUAUUAUUAAGUGAUGGUGCUUUUUUGCGAAAAAAGACAAAAACAAUGCACGAAAGAUAACUGCAGUCAAACAAAUACAAAAUCAAGAAAUAUUAUUAAAAAGAACAAUAAAAAAUAGCAAUGCAAACAUUAGACGCAUAUAUACCAAAAUAAAUACUUAACAAUGUAAAUGUGACAAACAUACAACAAAAGAUGUAUUGAAAUGUAGUUACAUAACAAAAGUAAAGAACAUGUGAACCCUGUACUAACAUUUAGGUAUAGAGUAUUGUAUUGAUGGUAUUCACAGAUUUGCUGCAAACAAUAUUUAUAUAUAGUUGCAUUAUGUUAAUUGCAAUGUAAUGUAAUGUAGUGUAGUGUAAUCGUGCGUUUGACAAAAUUCUAAAUGCGUACAAGUCAGACAGAAGCCCACACAUUGCUAUGAAUAUAACAUAUAUACAUAUGUAUAUAUAUAUGUACUUAUAUGUAUGUAUCUGUAUGUAAAUUUACGUUUGUUCUUCUGCCAUUUUACAAAGACUUGUAUGCCUACCAAUAUACAUAUAUAUAAUUGGUUAUAAUAAUUGUUGAAACUCAAAAGUACAUAUAAAAUAAAAUAUUAAGAACAUAAAGAAAUUAUAGAAAAAUAGAAAAACACUAUCAUGUGUGUUCGACGUACCAUAUUAGGUUUCUUAAGAUCCAUUGCGCUGAGAAAUUGUACGAAAGUGUCAAAUAAUUGAAAUGUAUGGAAUUUUAACUGUAUUGUAUUGUAAUUGUACUGUAUUGCUUUACGAUUACGCAUGUAUAUCGAAUGAAUAAUUUAUAUGUAAAAGUGCAACAGCUGAGAAUUAUUAAAUAAAUUUAUAAACUUAUGUAUGAAUAAAUUGUACUGAGUCGUCUAUUUUA